GGCGAUUACAGGCAACGACCACUUCUCAGACCGGAGCGCAUCACUUACUUUUGUUACUUUUGAGAAACACUCACCAGUCGCAAGCUCUGAAUUGGCUGGUUAUCAUACCAACUGGUUGAUGAGCAUGUCUCCAACAGUCCAACUCUCUGUUCACUAUUGCGCCCCCGUUGGAUCAUGCGCAGAAACUUACAUGCCGAAGCAGCAGAAAGGCUCGGAAGAUAGAACCACCAAAAAAAGGGAAUAAUCAACAGUGGCGGUGGCUUGUGCAAUCCACGUUCGCCCUCAACAUGUUCCCCACCAGAGCUCCAUUCAAUGACGGAAGUCUCUCGUCGCCCCCGAGCUUUCCUGUGGUAAGGCUCCCCCAUCGACAGGGGCUGGCCUUGUCUCUUUUCCAUUCCUUAUCGCCGAGGCGAUCACAUCGCCCAACUCAGGAUUACGCCAACUGCCUCACCCACUUUCCUCCAUGGUCACUCUCUCGAACAUUCUCGGUCAGCGGCAAGAGAACACCGAUGACACCCACGAGCCAGCUCCUUUUCGGUGUGCCAAAAGUAUCCUCGGCAACUCCAGCUCCCAGGUCCAUAUGCGACACACCCAGUCCGGCCCUUGAUUUCGCGUUCCCCGGUGAUCUUGUUAAAGAGAAAGACGACAUCCGCUCAUCCCACUCCGGCAUCCCGGCCCAUCCCCAACAGAAACAGGACCCUGCCCCGCAAUCCUCCGCCCCAGUGCUGCAGGACACAACAGGGAUGAAAGUUAUCUUUGCCUCGCUAUCGUCCCGAGGUUGUCUGCCCGUGAUUAUUUGGCGAACAAUCUUCUGGCCAUGCACAUUCUCGAUGCUCCCUCUACAGCGGUGGCAAGGGUCACGUGGUUUCUCACCAUCAUACACUUGAACAUUCAAGGCCCACGACGGUCAUUUGCAGUGUACAAUCGUAAAGGGACUCCAGGGCACUGUCUUCCAAUCUUCAGCUGGUUGGGCUGACUUAUUCUGGAAGA